UUCUGAAUAUUAAAGACAUAUGCUUUACUAGAAAUCGUUAAAAUCAGUUGACUUUAAAGUCAGUAUCAGAGGCACCUAAUAACUCAAUACUGUUACAUCGCAGAAAAAUAUAAGAAGCGUAGCUGUACAACAAAAAAACCGUAUGCUACAAUCAUACAUGUAUAAAAACGCAUAGAUUUCGUAUUCAUGAUAUAUAAAAUUACAAAUAGAAAAGUACACACCCACAAAUUUUGUCAAUCAGGUGAAGUAGAUAAAUUAACGUUAAUUAGAAAAAUACUUAGUGAAACAAUGUUUUUAACUUUUAUAUAAACAAUAAAACAGUGAAUUAGAUUAGACUAAACUAUGUAAAGUAAGGUACAAGUAUAUUCUGUAUACAUUGGACAGCGAGCGACAUCUAGUAAAAAUCGAUAAGACCAAGACUAAAGCUGAGAGUUUUAGCAAAAACUUAAAGAAGCAAAAUAAACAAUAUGUCAGACUCCGAAGAAAGUGUCUACUCUGCUAAUGGGAGUAACCAUGGUGGAAGAAGAGGUGAAGGUAGUGACAGCGAAUAUCACUCUGUCAAAUCUGGAAAUGCCAGUGAAGCUGGCAGUGCAGCUGGUAGUCCUGCCAGAUCUAGAUCCAGAUCUAGAUCACGCAGUGUAUCUAGAAGUAGGAGUCUCUCGGUAACUUCCAGAUCCAGAAGUCGAUCCAGGUUCAGGUCUGGUUCAAGGUCUAGAUCUGGUUCCAGAUCAAGGUCCAGAUCUAGAUCACGCUCGCGUUCAGGAUCUCGAUCAGGAUCUGCAAGGGAUGAUGAAGCAGAGGAAGCAAAUUCGGAAGAAGAACCCGAGCCAGAGGAGGAACCGGAAGGAGAAGACUUGGAUGAGUACGAUGAAGAGGAAGAAGAAGACGAGGACAGACCCAGAAGAAAAAAAAAGAAGAAGGGUCAAGUGUAUGAUUUCAUUAUUCAGGAGGCUGAAGUCGAUGAUGAACCUGAAGAUGACGAGGAAUGGGAAGAAGGAGCGCAAGAAAUAGGGAUCGUAGGAAAUGAGAUUGAUGAAAUUGGUUUGACGGCACGGGAAAUAGAAGGAAGACGAAGAGGCACGAACCUGUGGGAUUCUCAGAAAGAAGACGAGAUAGAAGAGUAUCUCAAAAAAAAAUAUGCUAACGAAUCAGCUGCAGCUCACAGAUUCGGCGAUGGAGGCGAAGAGAUGGGUGACGAGAUCACUCAGCAGACACUACUUCCUGGUGUCAAAGAUCCAAACUUAUGGAUGGUAAAAUGUCGCAUUGGAGAAGAAAAAGCUACGGUCCUGCUGCUGAUGAGAAAAUUCUUGACAUACCAAUUUUCCGGCGAACCAUUACAAAUCAAAUCGGUGGUGGCACCCGAAGGCGUAAAGGGCUACAUCUACAUCGAAGCCUACAAGCAACCGCACGUUAAGGCAGCUAUUGAAAACGUAGGAAAUCUAAGGAUGGGUAUUUGGAAACAACAAAUGGUACCGAUCAAGGAAAUGACGGACGUGAUGCGAGUUGUCAAAGAACAAACCGGUCUCAAAGCUAAGCAGUGGGUGCGUCUGAAGCGAGGUAUCUACAAGGAUGAUAUCGCGCAGGUGGACUACGUCGAUCUAGCACAAAACCAGGUCCACCUAAAACUGCUUCCAAGGAUCGAUUAUACGCGACCCCGAGGAGCCCUGAGAACAGCGCAGAGCGAGUCCGAGGCAAUGAAGCGCAAGAAGAAAAGGCGCCCAUCCGCGAAACCUUUCGAUCCAGAAGCUAUUCGUGCCAUCGGUGGUGAAGUAACCAGUGAUGGUGACUUUCUGAUCUUUGAAGGAAAUAGGUACAGUCGUAAAGGAUUCUUGUACAAGAAUUUUACGACCAGCGCUAUAAUAGCCGAAGGUGUAAAACCGACGUUAUCAGAACUUGAAAAGUUCGAAGAGGCACCCGAAGGAGUAGAUCUUGAACUAAGCGGUGCUCCUGUCACCGGAGUCUCAGCUGGGAAAGAAGACUCGAUAACGCAUACUUUCAGCACAGGUGACAACGUGGAAGUCUGCGAAGGCGAGUUGUUAAACUUGCAAGGUAAAAUUGUUUCCAUCGAUGGAAACAUGAUCAUGGUCAUGCCCAAGCACGAAGAUUUGAAAGAGGCGCUAGAGUUUCAAGCUAGUGAAUUGAGAAAAUACUUCACUAUGGGUGAUCACGUAAAAGUGGUAGCAGGAAGAUAUGAAGGUGACACGGGCCUUAUUGUGCGCGUAGAGCAGAACCGUGUAGUUCUCUUUUCUGACCUAUCGAUGCACGAGCUCGAGGUGCUUCCUCGAGAUCUGCAGCUCUGCUCUGACAUGGCCACGGGUGUCGAUAGCCUCGGUCAAUUCCAAUGGGGUGAUCUUGUCCAGCUGGAUCCACAAACGGUUGGUGUGAUUGUAAGACUCGAACGAGAAAAUUUCCACGUACUGUCGAUGCACGGCAAAGUCGUGGAAGCGAGGCCUCAAGGACUUACUAAGAGGAGAGAGAAUAGGAAUACCGUCGCGUUGGAUUCACAGCAAAACACAAUACAAAAGAAGGACAUUGUUAAAGUUGUCGACGGCCCACAUUCCGGAAGAGGCGGUGAAAUUAAGCAUCUAUACAGGAGCUUUGCUUUCCUCCAUUCUAGAAUGUUUAUAGACAACGGCGGUAUAUUUGUGUGCAAAACUAGACAUUUGCAACUGGCUGGAGGCAACAAAAUGAAUGCGGCCUCGGCGAUGGCACCGAUGAUCAGCGGUUUUAUGUCACCUAGAAUCGCUUCACCAAUGCACCCUAGCGGGACUCCAGCUGGCCGAGGCGGUGGCGGUCUAGGUAGCGGUGGGGGCGGUGGCGGCGGUGGCGGCGGAGGACGAGGUCGUGGCCGAGGUGGCGCACGUCGUGAUCGUGAUCUCAUAGGAACAACUAUUAAGAUUACUAGUGGUCCAUACAAAGGCAAUGUUGGAAUAGUCAAAGAUGCCACUGAAACUACAGCUCGAGUCGAGCUUCACUCCACUUGCCAGACAAUCUCGGUCGACAGAUCUCAUAUUGCCAACGUUGGCGUACCAACCAAGGACGGAGGGUUUAGUAGUUACAGCAGGACACCAGGUUAUGGCGCUGGAAGUCAGACGCCCAUGUAUUCUGGCAGUAAAACGCCUAUGCAUGGAUCGCAGACACCUAUGUAUGAAACUGGAUCGCGAACGCCUCAUUAUGGUUCGAUGACACCAUCGCACGAUGCAGGAUCGCGUACACCAGGACAGUCGGGCGCCUGGGACCCAACGGUCACCAACACCCCAGCUCGAACAAGUGACUUUGACGGGUACAACAUCGAAGAAACAGGCUCACCAGGCUACGCUCCUGGUUAUCCAUCCGGUGGUCCCUUCACACCUCAGACGCCUGGUACUAUGUACGGUUCCGAGCAGAGCUUCGGUCCUUAUCAGCCUAGUCCCAGUCCCGUUGCCAGCGCCACAGCAAGUCCCAGUCCUGCUGCUUAUGGCAGCACACCAUCACCCGCUGGUACAGGAUACACUACCAGUCCUCAUGGAGCCUUUGCUUCGCCUUCGCCUAUGGGUUACAGUCCUAUGACUCCCGGUGGAGUAGGAAGUCCAUACAAUCCGCAAACGCCUGGCUCUACAGUAGAUGCUGGCCACUCUGGCGUUUUUGGCCAGGAAUGGCACACAAUAGAUAUUGAAGUUCGUGUCAGAGACUCUAAUCAGGAUGCAGAUCUAGCUGGGCAACAGGGCUACAUUACGACUAUUUCGGGGGGAAUGUGCACAGUAUUUCUGCCACGCGAAGAUAGAUCAGUAAAUAUUUUAUGCGAUCAACUAGAACCCGUAGUUCCGUCACAAAAUGACAGAGUGAAAGUCAUUAUCGGCGAGGACCGAGAGUCGGUCGGUACGCUUUUAUCAAUUGACAAUCAAGAAGGUGUAUUUAAAUCAAAUGCAGGAGAGGUAAAGAUGUUGCAGCUGCGAUUCUUAUGCAAAAUGAGAUCACCUUAAACCGUUGACGAUUGCCGAUAAACAAUUAUCUUUUGAAGGGCAUAUUAUAUGUAAAUAUUGUAAAUUUUACGCACGAGAUUCUUUGGAAACAAAUAGCGCUUACAUUUUCUUAAUUAUUAUCAUACAAGUUUUAAUCAACUAAAUAAAUGUUGCAAUCGAUAAAAGUGUCAAAAGCAACUUUGUGGCUUUUGAAAGUCGUUUUUAAAUUAUGAAUUGUACAUAUAGCUCGCUUUUUUUUAAUAAAGAAAAAACGAAACUCAAUCAUUAUUUAUUAUGUUACCCACAUUUUUAUUGUAUUUGACACGAUUGUACAUGCAUAAUCUUUUGUACUAUAGUUUGGCAAUAUAAUAUAAUUAGCGGCUGUAUAUCGCUGUUAUGUGUUCCAAAAUAUAAAUGCCUGUUUGCGAGAGAAAGCCUCAUCUUUUUGUCGUGAAGCUUUUCUCUGCUCUGUUAAAAAACUGAGAAAAUUUCACCGAUUUUCACGGUUGUGAUACAUAUGUAUUGUCAUCAUUUUUUAUAUGCUAUUUUUGAUUAAAAAAUGCUCAUACUUUUCGAGAAAAUAAUUCAGCUAUAAAAAUAAAAAAAAUAAAAAUGAUAUAUUUAUGAUGAACAUAUAGGAAAAAGCCGAGCUAGCUCUAGCAGCUAGCUUGAAAAUCAAAACUAAAAUAUCUAUAAAAUUUCUUACUCCAAACUCUGUGAGUUGGAUUUGAAUAAAAUCAAAGACAGAUGAAUAAGUACUAUAAAAGUCAGUAGGCGCCUCAUUAAUCCCUCUCAAUGUCACACUGACGCGAUACUCACCGCUGUCAAUACGUAUUUAAUAAAUAUCAUAAUAAAAUAAGUA